CAAAAACACAGGAUUCAGGGCAAAAAAUUAUGCAGAUGAAAUUGUUGUUGUGGAUGGUGGUGAUGAUGGUCAUAUUGCCAUCUUCUACCGUUACAGCAAGUUCAAAUAUUUCUUUAGAAAACUGCCCACAAACAUGUGGAAGCGUUAGCGUUCCUUUCCCUUUUGGAUUUCGCCGUCCUGGAUGCGCCAAAAACUCAUCCUUCCUGCUUGAAUGCAACCACAGCCGCAGCCUCUUGUAUGGCAAAAUUGUAAUUAGCAACAUAUCAUUGGAAGACGGCACCAUCACCGGACUCAUUCCUUCUGCCUACGAGUGCUACUACAACAUCAGCCGUUCUAGCGGCCGUUCUAGCGGCCGUUCUGACGUCCGCAACCGUUCUAUCACUUAUUUGAAUUGGAGGGAUCAGAGUGUCCUAUUCCACAAUUUGUCUUCCAUCAUAUCCCCCAUCCACAACAAGUUUGUUGGCUUGGGUUGCGACACGCUGGCCAUAAUUAAAAACAAAGAAGGAAGGUUCGGAAGUGGGUGCAACACCUUGUGCUAUAACCUUACCGAAGUCAGGAACGACGAUUCCUGCUCCGGCUUCGGAUGCUGCCAGACCUCCAUCCCCAAGCACCUCAACCAAUUGGACAUUACGGUUACCAGUAUAUAUAAUCACAAAUACGUUUUCGAUUUCAACCCCUGCAGUUAUGCUUUUGUGGUUGCAAAUUCCUUUGAUAUAUCGAAAAUAAACUUCCUUGGUUAUCCGGAAACUGCUCCAAUGUUCCCCGUGGUGUUUGAAUGGGUGAUCGGAGAUCAGCAAGGCUGCCAAGAUUAUUGCGGCCCUAACACUAACUGCUCUUUCUCCGACACUGGUGGUGGAUUUCGUUGUUCGUGCAAGGACGGGUUCAUCGGAAAUCCCUAUCUCCCACAAGGAUGUCAAGGUAUCAGUUUGGGGUUUACAGUAAUUUGCUUAGUAGUUAUUAGUGCAUGGGGGUUGUCCAAAAUGUUAAAGAAGAGAAGGAAAAUGAAUCUCCGGAGCCAGUUCUUUAAGCAAAAUGGAGGCUUAUUAUUGCAACAACAAUUGUCUUCAACUGGAGAUAAUGUUGAAAAGACCAAAAUAUUUAGUACCAAGGAGUUGGAAAAGGCAACUGAUAACUUCAAUAGGAAUAGAAUACUUGGUCAAGGAGGUCAGGGAACUGUUUAUAAAGGAAUGUUGGUUGAUGGAAGAAUUGUUGCAAUUAAGAAGUCCAAAGAAUUAGACAAAGAGAAAGUUAAAGAUUUUAUCAAUGAGAUGGUUAUUCUUACACAAAUUAAUCACAGAAAUAUUGUUAAGUUAUUAGGGUGUUGUUUGGAGGUUGAAGUUCCUUUGCUAGUUUAUGAAUUUAUUCCCAAUGGGACACUUUUCCAGUACAUACAUGAUGAAAAUGAAGACUUUCCUUUAUCUUGGGAAAGACGAUUGACAAUUGCAUCAGAAGUUGCAUCUGCCCUUUCCUACUUGCAUUCGGCAGCCUCUAUUCCUAUUUAUCAUCGAGAUGUCAAGUCCUCAAAUAUUUUACUAGAUGAAAAGUAUAAGGCAAAAGUUUCAGACUUUGGGGCAUCAAGAUCAAUUGCUAUUGAUCAAACUCAUUUGACCACAAAUGUUCAGGGCACAUUUGGCUACCUAGAUCCUGAAUAUUAUCAGUCAUGUCAAUUUACAGAAAAGAGUGAUGUUUACAGCUUUGGAGUUGUCCUUGUUGAGCUCUUAACCGGAGAAAAACCAAUUUCUUUAGAUAGAGCAGAAGGUGGAAGAAGUUUGGCCUCUCAUUUCAUUCUUUCUAUGGAACAGAAUAGCCUCUUUAAUAUUCUUGAUGCUCAAGUCAAGGAUAGUUUUGCACAUGAAGAAAUUAAAAAGGUUGCUGAACUUGCAUAUAGAUGCUUAAGCUUGAGUGGUAAGAAGCGGCCAAGGAUGAUAGAAAUUGCCAUGGAGUUGGAGCAGAUUCGUUUUUCGCAAAACAAUUCAAAUGAUCAAAAAAAUCAUGAAGAGAUUAGAAAUGUUAGGACUGAAGUAACCAAUCACUGGGAUGUUGCCUCCUCCUCAGGAGUUGCUUUGUCAAUAGACAUGGAACCACCUUUUUCAAGUGAAUCAUGGGGAUUGUCAGAAAAGAAAGUGGGCUCAAAUAUCAAAUGAUAUAGGUAGAGAUGGACUAUGUUUUGUAUGGGUGUAGUUUCAUUGUUACUUGUCAUAAUAUUAUUAUGAUUAGUAAAGAAAUUAAAACUAAAAUAGCUUU